UUAAACGCGGAUUCCAGCAAGAGGGAGUUAGAUUGUGAUACCCAAUCGAACUCUGAUUCUUCACUUUGUUCGUAAAUCCUGAAGACUGAAGAGAGAAUCAUUAGUUGCAUCCCAUCCCCACUUAUUUAUUUCAACUAUUCACUCUCUGCAAAUCCCUCCCGCUUUCUCCGAUGGCAAUUCAGGCCAGCUCCUGCAAUCCCUCACUCAUCAAGUUCGGAUUGGCUUUGAUCGCCCUCUCUAUCGCCGGUUACAUUCUCGGUCCUCCUCUCUAUUGGCACUUCAAGGAAGGUUUAGCCGUCGUUACCCGCUCCUCUUCUUCUUCCUCAUGCCCUCCUUGUUUCUGCGACUGCCCUUCUCAGCCCCUCAUCACAAUUCCCCAAGAAUUGAGGAACACUACUUUUGGAGAUUGUAUUAAGCACGAUCCAGAAGUGAGUCAAGACACAGAAAAGAACUUCGCAGACCUAUUGUUAGAGGAGCUGAAGCUAAAGGAAACCGAAGCUUUGGAAAAUCAGCGCCGUGCUGAUAUGGCUCUGCUCGAGGCAAAGAAGAUGACAUCUCAGUAUCAAAAAGAAGCAGACAAGUGCAAUUCUGGGAUGGAAACAUGUGAAGAAGCUAGAGAGAAAGCUGAAGCAGUAUUAGCUGCACAGAAGAGAUUAACAGCAAUGUGGGAGCAAAGGGCUCGCCAAAGGGGUUGGAAAGAAGGCAUGGCUAAGUCUCGUACUCAAAAACAACCAAAUAUUCAAACUGCAUAGACAGAGCUUUCAAACAGUAACACUUCCUUCCUCACCUUUUUGUUUUCAUAUAUAUAUAUAUAUAUAUAUAUAUCUUCUGGUAGUAACUUAAAUUUUACUCGGCGUCACGACGAAGAAAUAGAUUGAAACGAUUCUUGUUUAGCUAAUUGAAAUGUCAAUUACCAUUGUUAGUGAAUCAUAAGAAAAUGUUCAUCUGGUUUGUCAUCUUUCUUGUCAAUUUAAAAAGAUUUGUGGCUAUUUAGUUUCA